CGUUGAGCAAGAUUGAGAACGAGAGCGGAAGAUGAGCAGGUGUUCGGCGCCGUCUGCUCACGUUUGACUGGUCUCCCUCUAAAUGCUGAUGGAGGAGGGUGCAGAAAGUGGCAUCUGUCUCUAGAGUCCAGUGGAAAGGCCCAGCAGAUCUGUUACUGAGAUUGGCUUCGAAUGGACAUAAUUCAAGAAUUUCUGUUCCCACCUUGGUUGGUUCCUCUGGUCAACUCAUGGUCCUGGCUAAAUCUGUGUGAUAUCACUUCAAGUCCCUGGUUAUGGAGAGGAUUCAUGCUUUUAAUUCUUGGCUUAUACGCCACCUGGCCUUACAGCAUGUUUAAAGAGUUGUGUAUUCCUGGACCAUCACCGACUCUGUUCCUUGGAUCGAUCCCGUACAUCUACCGAAAGGAUAUUCAUGUUGUUGACCUGGAAUGCUACAACACCUAUGGGAAUAUCUGGGGGUUGUUCCUUGGACGUGAAGCAUUCCUCAUGAUCACCGAUACUGAAAUUAUCCACAGGAUGUUUAUUGAAGAAAAAUGUAAAAUUUUCACCAACAUUAGGGGGCACCGAUCACAGUAUCCAUUCUGUGAGAGUUUCUUCCAGGCAGAUGAGAACGAGCAGCAGAGACUGCACCAGGUCCUUUCUCCAGCCUUCGGGGCUGUGCAACUAAAACAGAUGUUCCCUAUUGUAGUUCCAAGCGCUAACGAUCUUGUUGAUGAAUUUGGAAAAUUCCACCGAGAGGGCAAGACUGUUGUGGUGAGAGAGUUAUUUGCCCAGUACACUCGAAGUGCCCUUAUGAUGUCAGUGUUCAACCUGGACAUAACCAAGAAGGACUUAAGGAGUGAGAUAUUCAUUAAUCACUGGAACCUCCUCCUUCAGGCCUACAGCAGAUACUCCAUCAUCUCCACUACAUUGAUAUUCCCUGUUCUGAAGCCUCUCUUUUGGAAGCUGAAAUUCUACUUUUAUUGGAAGGAAGCAGUCAGUUACUUCACCAAGUUGGUCCACCAGGCCCAAAUGAGAUGGGAACAGAACACAGAGUCAAAGGAAGAAAUCGGCAUCCUUCAUUACCUGCUGGAACAUGCAGAGGCCAAGACAGACACAAGAAGGAAACAGCCAGCAGGACAUACCAAGCUGAGUGAGAGUGAAGUUGUUGCCCAGAUUCUGAAGUUCCUCCUCUCAGCCUACAAGGCAACCACUUUCACGCUGGAAUUUGCAAUGUACCUGCUAGCCAGAUAUCCAGGUGUGCAAUGCCGUCUUCAUCAGGAAAUCCUAACCACUGAGAGACAAAAGGGCUUUACAUAUGAAAGCAUUGCAGUGAUGGAAUUUCUGGACAUGGUUGUCAAGGAAACACUACGACUGUUUCCUCCUAUGGUCUGGGUGCAGGCAGCCUGCACAAGGUCGACGGAGGUUUGCCAGUUGAAAAUUCCCAGAGGGAUACGAGUCGUGGUGCCGGUCUGGGUGAUGCAUCACAGUCGGGAAUUCUGGGAUGCUCCGUGCAAGUUUAACCCUCUGAGGUUCACCAGAGAAGAGGAGGAAACUCGCAACCCUCAUUGCUUCCUGCCAUUUGGCCUUGGACACCUGGGCUUUGUUGGGAAUGAACUCUGCAUCAUGAUGAUGAAGGUUGCCAUGGUAACAGUGCUCGGCUCCUAUAGGUUUUCCUGGUGCUCUGAGACCCCUAUGUACCUUGAAAUUGAGACAUUGGGCACAACCCGGUCCAAAGAGCCCAUCACCCUCCAGAUAAACCUGCCAUAGCACAAAGGAGAAAUCUGAUCUAUCUUCUGCAUGUUGACCUUCUCUCAGUAACACUGGAAAGCUUAGGAACAAGGCAGUGUCCGAGAAGAUGCUUUUUCAUCAUGUGGCUGACUGGAAAUUUUCUCCAUUACACUGAAUGUCCAAGGAUCAAGAAGAGUAUCACAGUCACAAGAGAGACACAAAUGCCCUGAGCAGAAGACUUCAAGAAUCAGUUGAUCUGUAGGUUUCUGCAAAUAAAGCAA